GACGACGGCUCACUUCGGUUUCGGUUUUCGUUCGGUGAGGUUCGUUUGCGGUUGAAGUCCGAUUUUGACGCGUGUGUUUUUUUCUGGGUCCUAAAAAAGUGCAGUUUGGUGCAAAUAAAAUCGCUAUUCCCUUCGAUUGUGACCGGAAAAGCCAGUGCAUUUUGAAGAAUCUGCAUAACAUUUGCAGGAAAGGAACAAAUCAGUACCGAUUACCACAGGUAUUUUCCGGGUUUUUCUCUAAAUUUUAUAAGCCGCAAUGAGCGAAAAGGAGCACCAACAAAAUGGCGAUCACCAGAACGGAGAUGAGGAAAUCCGCGAACCGGAGCACAUGCGCAAGCUGUUCAUUGGCGGUCUGGACUACCGCACCACCGAUGAAACCCUAAAGGCCUACUUCGAGAAGUGGGGCAAAGUGGUGGACGUGGUCGUCAUGAAGGAUCCCAAGACCAAGCGCAGCCGCGGUUUCGGUUUCAUCACCUACUCCAAGCCGUACAUGGUGGACGAGGCGCAGUCCAAGCGGCCGCAUAAGAUCGAUGGGCGCGUGGUGGAACCGAAGCGUGCCGUUCCCCGGCAGGACAUCAACCGGCCGGAGGCUGGGGCCUCGGUCAAGAAGCUGUUCGUCGGUGGUCUGCGGGACGAUUUCGACGAGGAACACCUGCGGGACUACUUCACCACGUUCGGCAAUGUGAUUUCGGCGUGCAUCGUUACCGAUAAGGAGAACGGCAAGAAGCGUGGAUUCGGAUUCGUGGAGUUCGACGAUUACGAUCCCGUGGACAAAAUCAUUCGUAAUGCAAAGAGCCACUCCAUCCAGAACAAGAUGUUGGACGUGAAGAAAGCCUUACCCAAGCAGGAGAUGGAACGAUUCAAAUCCGACGGUGGCCGUGGAGGAGGUGGCAGCGGUGGUGCCUGGGGUGGCCAGCAACGCGGUGGAGGCCCGUCCCAGGGAGGUUGGGGACAGGGUGGCUGGGGACAGAACCAGCGCGGUGGUCAGAGCGAGUGGGGCAGUGGUGGAUUCCAGCAGCAGGGUGGCUUUAACAACGGCGGCUAUGGAAACGGUGGCGGCUACAACCAGGGUGGAAACUGGGGCAGCCAGGGUGGAAACCCAUGGGACCAGGGUGCCCAGCAGGGUGGUUGGGGAAGCCAAAGCGGCGGCUGGGGCCAGGGAGGCGGCAAUUUUGGCAACGAUUUCGGAAACAACUACCAGCAAGGAUAUAGUGCCGGUCCGAUGCGCACCGGUGGCUACCAGAACCAGCGGUCGGCGCCAUACGGUAUGGAGUCGUAUGAUGGUAACCAAGGUGGCUUCGGUGGAAGCGGUGGCGGCUACAAUGCUGGAGGCAACCGGCGGUACUAGACGAUUUCCGGGAUUCAACCUGACUGAGAGAGGCUGGGACGCACGCGCUAUUGUAUGAGGUUUUGCAAAGAACAGAGAGAAACAGAGAGACAGAGUACAGAAGGUCAGAAUCAGUCGAAUAGAGAAAAGGUGAAGGUCUAAUAGGCGUGUGAGAAAUAAGAGGAAGAAGCCAAAAGAUGAAGGAGUAUGAAGUGAGCACAGGAAGGAGAAGAAUUCAUAUUUGUUUUAUUAAGCUAACCAAGGAAGAGAAAACACAACCAGAAACACAAGUAUAUAGACAAAUCAUUCAACAGGAGGACGCAGACAGCAGCAUGAGGAAGAGAAGUGAUUUUUAUUGACAGAAGCAGAAGAAUCUUUAGUGAGAAGGAUAAAAUCUUUGAGGGUGUGAGAAGAGUUGGAGCAAAAAAGAAACGAGGAAAGCAGCCAGGAUAAGAUUGCCAGUCUAAGACGAAAAGGUAUAACCAUCCCAAUAAGAAGUAUGCUCACUCCGCAAUGACUGCGUCCACGGCAAGGCUUAGAGCGAUAGAUGAGUACGAGGAGGUUUAUUUCUUGGGCUGAUGAUUAAUACCCAGCGAAGCUUUUUCUACGACGUUCCUCACUCCCCUCUGGACUCGUUACAGUCCAAGUCCAUGAUGAGAAUAUUCCUAUGAUUCUUCAUACAACAAUAGAUCUCCGACCCAUUAUUAUCCUUCGUAUAUUAGGAUAAUCGGGCAGCAAUUUUCCCUCUCACGCAAUUUUCUUCGUUUGCAAGAAUGAUAAUGUUUUCAUUUUAUUUAUGGUGGAAAUAAUAACAGAAAUAAAACACGCGGAAACGUAUUAAACGAUAUCUAGUGUUAGAGAUAUUUAAGAAUCAGUUGUAAGAGGAAUUUAACUUUUUCUCGCAAUAUACACAGCAUAUAAUAAAUGACUAUUAUAAACAGAACAAAGCAUAGUAAAGGAAUGCCUAGGUAAGCAACCAAAAUCGUAAAAAUCGUCCAUCACAGAGAAUAUACACUUCAAAAGGUAAACAAACUGAAAAACUAAUCACUAAGGGAAAUCAACAGAUGGUAGACAGAACUUUUACCCGGAGGGAGGGAAAGCCAAGCACCUCAUCAUCUGUACAUAAUUUCGGAAUUCUUCUAUCUUAUUACUGUUCCCACUCCCAAUCGUGCCGCGGAAUUCCUUCAGAGAUAUGAUUUUUUUUACAGUUUGUUGGAUUUUUACGAAUGCCACACUCACCUGUGGAAUGGUUUUAUUUUAGUAUUUCUCAACAAGUUGUUUCUUAAUUUUGUUUCAGUUCGACUGAUAUUUUUUUAAAACUUUUUACCCCUCCUUGUCUCCUGCUUUGUAGUCAUAGAAGUUUAAUCGGACAGACAUUACAAACUGAGUGAAUAAUAACAAAAUUUUCCCAAAAUUCGUAGUUUCUCGAUACGAGAAAAAAAGAAUCUUAGUAUAAGGAAAGUCAUGUGUUGUAGCAAAAGUAAAAGCAGUCAAAGAAACUGAACAAACUAUCUGUACUAACAAUUGUAGAGGAGAUGAAACAGCAAAUUAAGAUUUAAUCAACUAAAUGUUCAAAUCAAAUAAUUUUCAAGAUAGUAAAGGAAACAAAAAAAAAACAAGUAUAGUAAGAGAUCAUAAAAACUCUAAACAA